CCGCGUCACGUGACCAAACCAGGAAGUGUGUUAAAAGAAUAUUUAAUUUUUCUGCGCCGAGCAGUUCUAGUUCCGUUGCUGUAAAGCAUGUCGGACUUUUUAUUAAAAAUGAAGAACUUCGUAGCCGAGAAGAAGAAGAAGAAGACGUUUUUUCAAAGCGAACUGCAGAAGUUUGGUUUGAGAGGGAUCCGGCUGAGGGACUACCAGCUGGACGGGGUGCAGUGGCUGGCCCAGUGUCAGAACAACCAGCAGGGCUGCAUUUUAGCAGAUGAGAUGGGUUUGGGUAAAACCUGCCAGACCAUCUCUCUGCUGGUGUACAUGUCAGGAGCUUUGGGUCAGAAAGGUCCGUUUUUGGUGCUUAGCCCACUCUCGGUCCUGGAGAACUGGAGAAACGAGCUGGAACGCUUUGCUCCAUCUCUGACCUUGCUGUGCUACAAAGGAGACAAAGAAAGACGGGCUGAGAUCCAGAGGGAAGCCAACACGCAGGACUUCAGUGUUCUGCUCACCACAUACGAGCUGUGCCUCAAAGAUGCUUCUUACUUGAAAAGGUGGAGGUGGAAGGUGCUUGUUGUGGAUGAAGCUCACAGACUAAAGAACCAAAACUCACUGUUGCACAAAACUUUGACUGAGUUCACCGUUGGUUUCAGAGUCCUGCUGACCGGCACGCCCAUUCAGAACAACCUACAGGAGCUCUACUCGCUGCUGAGCUUCAUUCAGCCCAGCAUCUUUGCAGCAGAGGACGUAGACAGCUUUGUAAACUCUUACUCCAAUGUCCAAAGUCAACCUGCUCUGGCUGCUGAUCUCCAAAGCAUCUUGGAGCCUUUUCUGCUCCGCAGAAUCAAAUCAGAGGUGGCUGUUGAUCUGCCCAAGAAGAUGGAACUGGUGGUGUACCACGGCAUGUCUGCUCUACAAAAGAAGUACUACAAGGCCAUCCUGCUGAAGGACAUUGAGGCUUUUGGAAAUGAGCAAGGCAGCAGGAACAGGCUGCUGAAUAUCUUGAUGAACUUGAGAAAGUGUGUUGACCACCCAUACCUGUUUGACGGGGUCGAACCUGAACCCUUUGAGAUGGGGGAGCAUCUGGUUGAAGCCAGUGGGAAACUGUGUCUCCUGGACCGCCUGCUGGCAUUUCUGCACAAAGAAGGACACCGCGUCCUGCUGUUCUCUCAGAUGACCAGGAUGCUGGAUAUUCUGCAGGACUACAUGGAGUACAGGGGUUACAGCUAUGAGCGGCUGGAUGGGUCCGUUCGAGGGGAAGAACGAAAUCUAGCGGUGAAGAACUUCAGCAGCAAAGAUAUGUUUGUCUUCCUACUCAGCACGAAAGCAGGGGGAGUGGGACUGAACCUCACAGCUGCAGACACAGUUAUAUUCGUGGACAGUGACUUCAACCCUCAGAACGACUUGCAGGCUGCGGCACGCUGCCAUCGGAUUGGUCAGAACAGACCCGUGAAAGUGAUCCGCCUCCUUGCAAGAGACACUGUAGAGGAGAUCAUGUACUCUCGGGCUGUGUCCAAGCUACAGCUCACCAACACGGUUAUUGAAGAGGGGCGCUUCUCCUUGCUGGAUCAAGCUCAGUCUGCUGCAGCUGGACUGAAGCUGAGUGAGAUCUUGAAGUUUGGAAUAGAUAAGCUUUUGUCGUCAGAUGAGAGCUCAGUACAGGACGUAAAACUGGAGAAGAUCCUCGGCAUGUCGCAUGACGGUCAGUGGAUGGAUGAAGAGGAAUCAUCACCUCUUAGAGAAGAAGAGGAUGAAUAUGAAGGACUUGACCACAUGUACUGCUUUGAGGGGAAGGACUACAGCAAAGACCCGAGUUCUGGUGAUCGAAGCAGCUUUGAGCAUUUGUUAGAAGAGCAGCUGGCCGAGUUUCAGAGAGGUACGGCAGAAGGACGAGCUCUGAGGCACAACGCUGGAGCGUCCCUUUCAGUAGCACUCAUGAUUCCUGUGAGGAAGAGGAAACCGCUAACCGAGGAAGAGCUGGAGCUCAGGCGAAAAAGGAGGGAAGAGACCGCAGCCAAGAAAGCCAAAAUGCAGGAGGACAUCAAGAAGCAGCAGCAGGAGAAGAAGCAACAGAAGAAAAUGGCGUGGUGGGCUUCCUGUGGCUACCGGUCCCUCUGCCUACAGUGUGUGGACAGUGAUGAAGAGGAGGACGAUGCCAGCAGCAUGUGCUCCACAGACUCUAACGCCACAGAUAUCCACUAUGUUAUGGGGGAUGUGACUCAUCCACAUGCUUCCAAGGGAGAUGCUAUCAUUAUCCACUGUGUUGAUGACUCGGGUCGGUGGGGAAGAGGAGGGUUAUUUACAGCACUGGAGGUGAGAUCAGAUGAACCACGGAAGCAGUAUGAGCUGGCAGGGAAGAUGAAAGAUUUGGAUCUUGGAAAUGUGCUGCUGUUCCCCAUCGAUGACAAACAGUCCAGACUGGACGGCCAAGAUCAAUUAGCACUGAUAGUGGCUCAGCAGCGAGACAAGUCCAACAACCUGUCGGGCAUCCUCCUCAGUGCUCUGGAUGAAGGACUAAAGAAGAUUUACAUCGCAGCCAGGAGAAGCAAGGCCAGUGUUCAUCUUCCUCGUAUCGGCCAGUCCACCAAAGGUUUCAACUGGUACGGCACCGAGAGGCUGAUCAGGAAACACCUCGCUUCCAGAGGCAUCCCCACGUUUAUCUACUAUCACAACAGAGCUGCCAGGAGCACACCACAGAUGGUUACUGGCACGAGAGGAGAAGACUCCAACAGGUCCGGUGAUGAGACACAAGUCCCGGGACCCUCGGCUCCGUCCCACAGCUCUGGCUCUGCAGCGCUCCCUAGUUUCAUGAAGGGAGUUCAUGUUUUUUUCUACAACAUUCCUGCAUCGGAACGAAAGAGGCUGUCUCGCUACCUCAUCACGUAUGAUGGAGAUGAGGAGGACAUUAUGAGUGCAGAGGUCACUCACAUUGUCGCAGAGGUGGAGAACAACAUCCACAAACAGGAGCUUCAGGAUCUGGUGCGUCAGUACACCGAGGCUGUUCCUGUGCAGAAGGCCUGGCUGGAGUCCUGCUUCUCCAAACAACGACAAGUCAACAUCAUACACUUCCUGCAUCCUCUCAGAUAGUGCUGCGUAAAUGCAUUUAGUAAUCUUUGACUAGCCAAACAUCUUAACUGUAGUUGGUUUAUACAAGCAGAAAAAACACCAGUAAUUAAACACUCGUUCUGUUGAUUUACUGGAGGCGGGUUCUGAUCAUUUCUGCUGGGUCACAGUGCGUUAGACAUUGAUCAGCUGACUGCAUCAGUAGCAAAAUACUAGAAGGAAAAUGUUUUUCUGGAAAACCUGCAUCGUGAUGAUUUUAUGUCCAACCAGCUUUUGUGAUGACUGACGAGCACUAACGUAGAGUAAAUGUGGCUGUGUUUGCAUGGCUGACUGCUGGGAGAUGACGUUUCAUUAUCAUAUAGUCUGUGUCGUAAAUCAGAAUUAUGCAAUUAGAACAAUAAACACAUUUGUGAGACACUGUAAAAACUAAUUAUUUGCAACCAAGAUAAUAUUAAAGGCGUGGAACACUGAAAAGCUAUUUUUAGAAACCCAUUUCUGAUCAUAAUCUGCUUCUCUGAGCUUGCCAUGCAGACUGAUAAUGAAAAAAGUCUCAUUCAGCACCGAUAUCCUGCAUUAGCUUCAGAUAGAUAAUAGACUAAACGCUAAAAUCCUUUAUUACUCUGUUGUUAUUCACUCUGUUGGGGUGCAGCUAGCUCUGACCACGACAGGAAAGCUAGCUCGGUUCUGGGCUGCCCACUAGAUUCAGUUGAGGAGAUGUGUGAAAGGAGCAUUUUGGGGAAGACUAAAAAUCCCCUCCCACCCGCUGCAUCCCACUAUGGAGACCAUGAACAGUUCCUUCAGAGGCAGACUGACAUCCCAGAUGUAAAACAAUGCUACCGUAGAGCAUUCAUCCCCUCUGCAGUAAAAGUGUAUAACUCCUCAGUUUAAGCUGUACUGGCCUUAUCCUGGUACAUAACACCAAUGCAAUAUUCAGUGUGUGUUCAAUACCUGUGCAAUACCGAAUUUACAUACGUCUGUCCUUACGGUAUGCUGCUUAGGUCUGGAACCCACGUUCUUCAUUUUGUAUUUGUGGUUUUUAGUGGUCAAAGGUUACAAAACUAGCUUACUGCCCAUGUGUACAUACAUGUGCCUUUGUUAAUAUUUUUCAUCACAUGAUUCUCUAGUUUGUGCUGCUGUAACAAGUGAAUUUCCCCAUUGUGGGAUCAAUAAAGUCUUCUAUUCUGUUA